AUGAAUCUCUUAGAUGAAUUGGAGGACCAUGGCGGUCACCACCAGACGUAUAUCGACACACAGGUGAUAGGUAACCAAGAAGAUUUCAGUGAUGCAGAAACGGCUGAAGGGCCAUAUAAAGAGACUCAGGGAUCUAUGCUAGGAAUGAACUUCAAUAUAGGGGGGAUUUCAAAAUCUUUGAACGGUCAGGAUGUAUCAGAGGUACCAGACAUGCCAGAUAUGAGUAUUCUCGAUAAGGUGAGACAGCGGUUAUAUGGGGGUGUGACAGACUGUCAAGAGACUCAACGUAUAGAACAUAGUGACAGAACGGAUCAGCACGAGGAGCUAGAAGGUAAUGGUGGCCACGAAAUAGAAAAGGGGGAAGAUUUGAUGCAGAUUGCUGGAGAGAGCUCUGGACCGACUUCCACUCAAAAUGUACACAUAUUACCCCAGCUCUCGGUUGACGAUGCUGAAAUUGUUACUCAACCGGCAAAGAAUUCCGACGAUACAAGCACUGGACGUCUAUUUGUAUCGGAGAAUGAUGAGCCAGUCCGUUCUCAUGUCAUGACAAAAGAAGAACGUCAAUUGAAAAUUGCACAACUUGCUGAAAGAAAGAGACAAGAAAGGUUGGCGAAAGAGAAACAACAGGAAGAAUUAGAGGCUGAUAUAACACACACUACUCUUACUGAUGAAGAGAAUGAUCUCAAUGAUCACAAUGAAUCAGUUGUCACGUCACAUGUUUCUGAUAAGCAAAUGAAAGAGACUGAUGAAUUUUUGAACAUAAAGAAAAGAGAAAAAAUCAUUCAACCCGAAUUUAAGAGGAAAGUAGUAUUCACCAAGGAUAGACUUUUGUCAGCGUUCGAAGAAGAAGGUUCAGAACAAUCGGAUAUCGAUAACAACUCCCAGGAUACAGCUAUAAAAUCCAGUCCUGUCACUUCGCCAUUGAAAGUCAUCAAUAAAGCAGACCCAUUAGCUGGCAAUAACGACGAGGAAGAUGAAAAUAUAUUAAGUUUUCUGGAUUCUUUACAUUCUCCAAGACAGAAGCCUAAGCAGCCUCACAAGAACCCAAUUGAGAUAUACGCCGAAAACUUGAAACAGCAAUUAUUAUCAUCCCCAACAAAAAGCACUAAUAACAAGGUUAUUAGCUUGGAUAGCGAUUUGGAAUCCGGUUCUAAUUCGGAAUCUGAAAUUGAAACUCAGCGUAUGGAAAUACAUGACGAGCUUAAGAAAAUCCCUCAAUUGUCAAAGGAGGACAAGUUGUCUAUCAAGCAAAGAUUUUCAAAGAAGAAAAUGUCAGCACAGACACCAGUUUUUGCCAGCUUGCCUAGGCUGUUAAGGAAGAUAAUGUCAUUAGAAAAGAAUUCUAAUUCGACUUCAUUUCUUGGACAUUUACGAAAAGCUAAUAUUAACCAGUUGGUCUCUAAUAAACAUAAGGAUCCUGACCAUGAAAUAUUACAAGAAUUAGAAAAAGACGAAGAAGUUAUGGGGUCUUUGUUAGAAAGGGAAAUGGAAAAAGUGAGAAAUAUCAGAAGAAAGGAAAAGCUAAGAGAAAAAGCAGCAUUAGCUCUUGCCGGCAAAGGAAUAUCUGAAGAUGCUGAAGAUGCUGCUGAUGAGAACUAUGACAAAGAAGACUAUACUGAUGAAGAAGUUCCUGAUAGUGAAAUGGAUUCGGACUUUUCUUCGAAUUAUGAUUCAGUAGAUGAAGAUAAUGAAGAGGAAGAAAAGCUGGAGAAAGAACAGCUAGAACAUGAAGAAAAUUUGGACUAUAAUCCAUUUAAGGCUAAAAGAAAAGCAAGGAGAAUGGUAGUAUCAGAUGAUGAUGAUGAUGAUGGUACCAAAAGUGCGGAAGAAUCUCAAAGAAAGAGAAAUGACGAUAGUUAUAUGUUUGGAGUCGUUGAUGAGAGAGACAAUGAUGAUAGCUUAGGAAUAGAAAAUGACGAUUACAUUACAACAGUCAAUACUCAAAAGUUAAAGGCUGUAUUUGGUACUGGUGCUUCUUUAACACAAGCGUUUGAAAACGGUACACAAGUCUUGAACAAGAAAAACAAUACUGAAAAUAUACUUGAUAGCUUAAGAGAAGUAGAUUCCGGGGAAGAACAAGUAGAACAGCAAAGCGUACACGAGCAUGGAACGGAGGACAUUCAUAAUGAGAAUUACGAGCUCUUCAAGAAUUUAAAACCAAGAGAAUCAAUUGCAAAUACUGAAUCACAAAUAUCCGAAGAUAUCAACAAAUCAAGUAUAUUCCAUACUGAAUUGCCUUCAUUUCAAGAUAUCGUGGAAUCAGACAUACAAUACACGCAGCCCGACUCAAUUUCGACACAAGUGGAUAAUCCUAGUCAAUAUGACGCUUCUACUCAAAUUGAUGACGCAACUCAAGUAGUUUCACAUAUUGAAGCCGCAAAUAUUACAGAUUUUGAAACAGUAGAUAAAGAAGAUGAAGAUGAAGACAUAAAUCCAUCAACUCUAAGAACAGGUCGCAAAUUGAUUCGUAAGAAUGCAACCUUAAAUAAAAUCAUGGAGGAUGAUGAACAAUCUGAGGAUGAAAGGUCUCCGGAAUAUAUCCAACAACAAAUUAAAUUAUACGAAGAAAAGAUUAGGAGGAAGGAGUUGAAAGCUAGAAGGAGACAAAAGGAAUUGGAAAGAAUGGGCAUCAAAAACGUUGUUGAAGGUGAAGCUGAAGAAUCCGAAGAUGAAUGGCACGGACUCGGUGGCGUUGAUGGUGAUUUAUCUGAUGAUCAAGCGAAUUCAGAAGAUGAAAAAAUGAUAGAUAAUAAUUUCAAUAUUGAUUUAAAGAAUGAUGAUAUCAGACGAAAGUUUAUGGAAGAAUAUCAGAUUAAAGACCAAAAAGAAUUAGAGAAGUUAUUAGAUGAUAUUAAAAAUCACAGAUUAACAAAAAGGGUGAAUGGUAAUGGAUUUGAUAUUGAAUUAAGCGAUGAAGAAGAUGAGCUCUUGGCAGCUUAUAGAAAGCAAAAGUUGAAAGAGCAGAGAGCAAGAUUAAUGGAUAACAAAAAACUACAUGCUCUUGCCAAGAAUGAAAAAUCAAAAGCAUUUUUUGACUCUAUUCAAGAUUCUACUUUAAUCGUUAACUUUGAUGAUGGUGAGGACGAUUUGGAUGGAGAAAUGAAGGAAGAAUCAAAUGCAAAUGCAAAAGAUCCGUUCAGAAGCUCAGAUAAAGAAGGUAAGAGUGACGAAUCCGAAGAAGACGAAAUAGAGAAAGAACCUAGAAAGAAAACAAUACGAGUCGAAGAAUCGUUCGUUCAAAAGCAAUUGUCUUUCUUAAUGAAAAAUGGAAAAGAAGAUUACGAGUCUGAGCAAAGAAUAUCUAAUAGACAACAUGGAUUUGAUUCUUCAGAAGAUGAAAUAGAUGAUUUGCAGGCAUUAAAAAGCAAGAGUCUUAGUAAUUUGCAUUCAGGAAAAAGAUCUGAAAGUCCAACUGCGUUAGAAGAAACACUGAAUAAAAGAACCCAUGAUGAUAGUGACACAGAUGUCGAUGAAGAAUUCAUGCCUAGCUUAAAGAAACCUUCAAUAAUAAAAUCUUUUAGAUUAUCAAGUAGUCAACAAGGUAUUCAAGUCAAAGACGGCAAACAAUUUUCAGGUGUUACUAUCAGUAAACAAUACAAAACUGCAUCAGGAUCUAAAGCAUCAAUUACAUAUUUAUCCAAGAAUAAAAGAAACCCUAUAAAAAGUUUGAAAGAAAAACAAAUUGAAAGGAGUCUUAAUAAUGCAAAGAAUAAUAAUACAAAAUUAUUCAAUAGUGGAGGCUUUGAUAGUUAA